AACUCUGUGUGUGAGUGUUGUGAAGUCAGAGCAGCAGACACGUUGUUGGAGGAGGGAGGACACUCACCUGUUGUACCGAAGCGCUCCGGUUCCAGUUCAUUUUUUUUAAUUCGGCUGUUUUCUUGUGUGAAGUUGUCGGAGUGUUUGCCUUCAGGAUGACGGACGCUCUUUUACCAAACGGCAUCAAGGACGGCGGAGGAGACAGCACUUAUUUCAGGAAGGGCUGCAACCCGUUCGCACAGACUGGACGAAGCAAGCUGCAGAAUAAGCGAGCCAGUCUGAACCAGCAGAUCAUCAAGCAGAUGAGGAUGAGGGCUGGAGCUGAGAAUUUGCUGAAGGCUACAUCCAACAACAAGGUUAAAGAAAUGGUUCUUUUGGAGUUGAGCUAUGUUAACUCUAACCUGCAGCUACUCAUGGGACAGCUGGAAGGACUCAACAGCUCAGUGGAAGUCUACCAGAACACCCAGGAAACAGCCAACAUUCCCCUCAUUGCUCUGGGUCUGAAGGAGACAAAAGAGGUAGACUUCUCUACUCCAUUCAAGGACUUUAUCCUGGAGCACUACAGUGAAGACGGGAACAGUUUUGAAGAUGAGAUUGCUGACCUGAUGGACCUGCGACAGGCAUGCAGAACACCAAGUCGAAACGAGGUCGGGGUGGAGCUGCUUGCAAAAUACUACAGUCAUCUUCCUCUGAUCGAGAGCCGAUUCUUCUCCCCAACCCGCCAGACUGGGAUCUUUUUCACUUGGUAUGACUCCUUCACUGGAGUGCCAGUAUGUCAACAGAAUCUCUCACUUGAGAAGGCCAGCAUCCUUUUCAACAUGGCAGCCCUCUACUCUCAGAUCGGCACCCGAAGCGACAGACAGACAAUAUCAGGGCUGGAGGAGGCCAUCUCUUCCUUCCAGAAAGCUGCAGGUAUCCUGAACCACCUUAAGGAGACUUUUACCCACACUCCCAGCUAUGACAUGAGUCCAGCUAUGCUCAGUAUGCUGAUUCGAAUGAUGCUUGCUCAGGCUCAGGAGUGUCUGUUUGAGAAGACUGCUUUGCCCGGGAUCCGAAACCAGUUCUACACCCUGAUGAAAAUGGCCCAAGAGGCUGCAAAGGUCUCAGAAAUCUAUGACCAAGUCCAUCAGUCCAUGAUCCAGAUGCCAAUCAAAGACAAUGUCCCUUUGUUCUGGUCCACCAUGUCACAAGUCAAAGCCAACCACUAUCGCUCCAUGGCACACUACUUUGUUGCCUCAGCACUGCUGGACCAUCAGUUGGGUCCCAGUGAUGAUGAGGACCAGCAGGAGAAGACCUUGUCACAGGUGUAUGAUCGGCUCCCUGAGGGACGCUCUCCUCUGGACAUCCUGAAGAAGAAAGAUGAACGUGAAUGUGUUGGUAAAGCUCACAUUCGUCGGGCCAUCCUGGGUCACGAGGAGGCUCUGAGGAUUUAUGGUUUGUGCCACAACUUGAACAAACUGGAGAUCCUGGAGGACAUUUUAAAAGCCAGUCACCAGCGCUCGCUCAACAAGUUCAGUGAACAUGAAGAUGAGGAAGAGUUCACAGACUACACUGAGGCCCCAGACAUCAUCUCUAAAACAGAGCACAAAGCAGAGAUGGAAGUUCCUGCAACUACAAAGGUGAAAGUCAUCGACUUUUUCCAGAGGCUGGGCCCUCUGUCAGUGUUCUCAGCCAAGCAGCGGUGGACAGCCCCACGGACGAUACAACUUAAACCCCAAGACAGAGAUCUGGGUUUCACCCUGAAAGGAGAAUCACCAGUCCAGGUGGUUUCACUGGACCCCCUCUGUCCAGCUGCUGCUGAUGGGCUGAAAGAGGGUGACUACAUUGUUUCUGUGGGUGACACAGAAUGCAAAUGGAUGGGUGUGAGCGAGGUGAUGCGACUUCUUAAGGAUGUGGACGAGGAGGGAAUUGAAAUCCAGGUGGUCAGCAUGAUGGACACCAACCCUCCCAUGCCUACCAAGAGUGCUACCUUCUGCGGAAACUUGCCGAAGACCUACUCCAUGAUUUGUCUGGCCUAUGAUGAUGAUGACAAGAAUCCCAAGUCCCGCAAAGUAACCAAGAAGUCAUCCUUCCUCAGCUGGGGUCUGAAGAACAAGCUGAAGAGUGCCAGCACCCUCAGCCUCCCCACAGCAGACCACUCUGGCGCACUCCCGUGGAACAAACCCUGUCCCACCUUCCCUAGCUCCAGCUCCUACAACAAUGACAGCUCCCUCUACUGAACUCACUGCAGACUUUUUACUGUGUCCAAAUAUUGUACAGUAUCCAUAUUGAGCCUAAAAUGGUUAUAUACAGCACUGUGCUGUACCCAUACUGGACCUGAUAUGGUACGGUGUCGGUGCCCUUUGGUGUUUCCACUGGAAUAUUGAACAGUAGUGUAUGUAGCUCGUACGGCACCAGUGUAUUGGUAACAUCACUGCCAGCUAGUUUGGAAAGUCGCUGUGUGUAAAUACUGUUUAUGGGCGUUUAUGUUAGCACAUGGACACUUUCCCAGCAUACUUCUGUAUCUGAAGGAAGCUGGACUGUACAUCAAACACAAUGGAAACUUGUUCAGUACCAUGCCAGUAUGUGUACAGCACAGUACAGCUGCACUGUGGGGAAAAAAUACCAGUUAUCAUUCCUGUCUCUCUCUAUAUAUACAUAUGCACACAGCACUGAGACAGACUCCGAAGUUAAACUGUCAUCUCAGUAUUUUUUCUAGAAAAAUCACUCCACACCUAUUGAAGGAAGGAAACAGAGUUGUGCAAACACACCCAGCGCCAGCUUCUACGUGACUGCAAAGCAGUGAUUUUAUUGUGGUUUAAGCAGUCCCUUCUUAGCGCCAUUGUGUACUGAUAUAGUUGAGCACAGUGCUGUUAUCAACUCUGUAUCCUCAGUACAUAUUGUCGUCCUAGAUAUGUGAAGGAGUCUGUUAUUGCCACAACAAUUUGUUACAAUCAGUGGACACUGAUCAGUUUUGGGGUUCAAAGUAUAUGUAUUUCUUAAUAGACAUAUAGAGUUAAUAAAUUUUGUCGUACUAUGUUGCAAAGUGAUUAAAAGAAAACGUAUUCAGCUGUGGAGCUGUUUUUUGUAUCUGGAAAGAGUUGACGAAUGCAAUGUUCUAUAAGCUGCUACAAAUCUUAUAUAUACCUUGGUUAUGUUAUACUGUUAUUAUAUAUUUGUGAGGCAGCCUUUGAGGAUCAUUGUCUCUGAUGAGUGCCAUGCCUGGGACACAAUGUAAAUGGAAAUAAUGGUAUUUUAGGUAUGCUCAAUGUCCCAGCUAUGCCACAAACCAAUAUGCCUCCAUGUCCCUGAUAUGCCAGAAUGUAUCAUUUACCAGUCUGAUUCAUCUUACCUGCUUCUGGCCCAUCUGUCCAUGUGUAAGACGAGCAUGAGCUGUGUGUCUCUGUUAAUGUGAAUCUUAAUGUAGAUAAAAGUUAUUUUGUCUCUAGAAGGGAAGAAUGUGGACAGACUAAUGACAUUUCUACAUCGUACUUGGACAGCCGGUCACCAAAUAGUGACUUCGAUCAAAUCCCACUGUCAGGUUUCUACUUUCUGUCUCUUCCUGUCUCAAUACUAGCCACAUCUUACAUUUUACUGACACUUUGCAGUGUUGGGCUAUCUCUUUAUCUACAAAGUAGAUUCUCAUACACAUUUGAUAAUCAAAUUAUUUAUGUAAUAAAAAAAACAAAACAAAAAUAUAUAUUUACCUGUAAGUUGUAGGUUUUAGAACUAGUUGGUCAAGUUGUGAGUUUUUGCACGCUGGAUUUCUUGGUUGGUUUCUUGAAGGAAUGUAUUUUACUAGCCUUGCUUAAUCUUUUUUGGUGAGCCUGUGUUCUGCUACAUUUUCUAUGUAACGAUAUUUUAAAUUGUAAAUGUUUUAAACGGCAACACUGAGAAGACUCUUUACUGUCUCUGUUUACCUAAUAUGGUGCCAUUUAUACUCUGUCAUGAAGGAAAAUGUCAAAUUAAGUGUAUAGUGAGAAUGUGCAGUGAUUGCUUCAUAUUGUGCUAACUAAAUGUACUAACAGAGGCAUAUAUACUGAAGCAGAGGAUAUUAACUGAAGCACCUCUUUGUGUGUAUGUGACAGUGCCUAGUGAUCCUAAAUGCCUUGUUGUAUAUGUAGAGGAUUAUGAUACUUGUUCUUCUAAAGCUUUCAGGAUGCCAUUGCUCCUCUUUGUGUAGUUUGUGCUGCAUAGCUGUUUUGUCGAUAAGUCUUUGUCUUUUGUGUAAACUCAAAUACCAAUAAAAGAGCAUAAAAACAGUA